AGCGCAAAUUUUAGAUAUACAUAUUUCUUGUGCAUGCCCAAGAUCGUUAAAGAAGUACUUUAACGGCCUUGGUGGAUGGCCCUGAUUCCUGAAUGUGUUGACCCCCUAAAAUUAAUAGUCAAGAAAAAUAAAAGUUAGAUGGAAAUCAAAAGCGUUACUUAGCGUUAAGAAUAGUGAAGUCAAAAUGGGAACAAAUAAACCAUUAUUUCGUAAUCUAAAUGCUGAUGAUCCCGACCCAGAGGCAACGGAGAUUGAAUCUCUGUGUAUGAACUGUCAUGCUACUGGUUUAACCAGAUUACUUUUAACUAAAAUACCUUUUUAUAAAGAAGUGGUGUUGAUGUCCUUCACUUGUGAUCAAUGUGGAUAUCAAAACAACGAGAUACAAUCUGGUGCACCUAUAUCAGAUAAAGGUGUAAAAUUCGUUCUUACAGUAAAAUCGGAAAGGGAUUUAAAUCGACAAAUUGUUAAAAGUGAUUAUGCAAGUAUUAAAUUGGUUGAAAUAGAUUUCGAAAUACCAUCCGAAAGCCAAAAAGGAGAGGUAACUACUGUUGAGGGCAUUAUAAAUCGAAUUAUCAUGGGUUUAGAGCAGGAUCAACCAGUUAGAAGAAUACAGCAUCCAGAUAUAGCAACUCAAAUAGAUGAGGUUAUAAAUAAAUUACAAAAAUUGAAAACUUUAGAAGAACCGUUUACACUGAUUUUAGAAGACAUGUCAGGCAACAGUUUUAUAGAGAAUCCAAAUGCUCCAAAAAACGAUGAACGGUGUAAGGUACAUUACUUUACCAGAAACAAAGAACAGGAUCAUGAAGUAGGAAUAUUCACAAAAGAAGAAAUUACGGGAGAAAAGGAGAGUGCAAUUUUACAUCCGAUAUCAGGAUAUACUUUAGAAGAGUUAGAAGGGGAAGUUUUAAAGUUUCCUACCAACUGUUCUAACUGCGGAUCUCCUUGCACUACAAAUAUGAAAAUGACAAAUAUUCCCCAUUUUAAAGAAGUUGUUAUUAUGGCGACGACCUGCGACAUUUGUGGACACCGGACAAAUGAAGUUAAGUCUGGUAGCGGAAUCGAAGAGAAAGGAUUACGAAUAGAAGUGGAUGUAAAUAGCAAAGAUGACUUUUCCAGGGAUAUAUUAAAGUCGGAAACAUGUAGUUUAAAAAUUCCACAGUUACAACUAGAAGUGGGGCCUCAUGCGUUAGGAGGACGCUUUACGACAGUGGAAGGUUUACUGAAAGCCAUACAAGAGCAAUUAUGUGACCCACAAAAUUCGUAUUUAUAUAUGUUUGGCGACUCCCAAGAGCCUAAAUCGAAACGGAAAUUUGAGGAGUUUAUAAAAAAGUUUGAUGAAAUAUUGGAAGGGGAGUUACCAGUUACUAUCGUACUUGAUGACCCCGCAGGGAAUAGUUAUAUACAAAGUAUGAGAGACGAUGACCAAACUGAUGAAGGCUUGAGGAUAACACACUAUCAGAGAUCAUUCGAACAAAAUGAUGAUUUAGGACUAAAUGAUAUGAAAACAGAAAAUUAUGAAACUGCGUGAUUGCAAUUUAUAAUUUGUAUAUUAAAAAAUUAAAAAUGAAUUAAAGUA